AUGCAUAGGACUACUCGAGAACAUCAUUUAAUUGAUAGAUAUCAAAAUGAUAUUCCUCAAAAAUCAAAAACAUUACGUUUAGAUGGAGAAGGAAUCAUUCUAGGAACAAGUAAAAAAAUUUCUACAAAUAUUAAUGAAUUAAAUACAGACAAAUUAGUUCAAAUCCAUCGUUUAUUUUAUGGAACUAUGGGUGUUGCUACUGAAAGGCUAAUGAAUGUAUUAGCGUUUUGUGGACUAGAACAAACUAUUAAAUCAGAAUUUAAUAAAAAUUCAAAAAGAGUACAAAGUGCACUAGAAAAGAAAAGUGAUGAAGUUAUUGAUGAAUUAAUUAGAAUCUUUUGUUUACGUCAAAGUAAUAAAAGAAUUGAUAAACUAGAAGAAAUCUUUAAUUUUAUUGUCUGUCCUUCUAGACCAAAUUGUGAUGAACAGAUUGAUUUUCGUGAUGAAGCUUUAGAUGAGAUAGUUGAAGAACAAGACCAAUCUUUUCUUUCUAGUUUUGGUGAUUUAGAUGCUUCAACGGAUGAUGGAGAGAUAUAUAUUGAAGAUGAAGACUUAGACUUAAAAAAGCCAAAAACUCGAAAUACUCGUAAAUCAACAAAAAAGACUACCAAAAAAUGA